AAGGACAAGUUCAAGAUGAACGCCAUCUCCGUCACGCACAAACCCAACGCCAUCCAGAUGGCCCUGUCCGUGUGCGAGGACCUCAUCUCCAACCAGGUCUAUGCGAUCCUGGUCAGUCACCCUCCUCAGUCCAACGACCACCUGACCCCGACCCCCGUCUCCUACACCGCCGGAUUCUACCGGAUCCCCGUGGUCGGCCUGACGACACGCAUGUCCAUCUACUCCGACAAGAGCAUCCACCUGUCCUUCCUGAGGACGGUGCCUCCGUACUCACACCAGGCUCACGUCUGGUUCGACCUGAUGAGGGAGUUCAGGUGGAACCACAUCAUCCUCAUCGUCAGCGACGACCACGAAGGACGAGCCGCUCAGAAGAGACUGGAGACGCUGCUGGAGGAGAGGGAGACCAAGGCGGAGAAGGUGCUUCUGUUCAGCCCGGACACCAACCUGACGGCUCUGCUGCUGGAGGCCAAAGACCUGGAGGCCCGAGUCAUCAUCCUGUCUGCCAGUGAGGAUGAAGCGGCCGCCGUGUAUAAAGCAGCCCGUCAGCUCAACAUGACCGGCUCCGGUUACGUCUGGCUGGUGGGAGAGAGAGAGAUGACGGGAAAGGCUCUGAGUGAAGCUCCAGAUGGCCUGCUGGGCCUCCAGCUGAUUAACGGUAAGAACGAGUCGGCCCACAUCGCGGACGCCGUGGCCGUGGUGGCUCAGUCUCUGCAGGAGCUGUUUGAGAAGGAGAACAUCACGGAGCCUCCGCGGGGCUGCGUGGGGAACACCAACAUCUGGAGGACCGGCCCGCUCUUCAAACGAGUGCUGAUGUCAUCCAAGUACCCCGACGGUCUAACUGGACGGAUCGAGUUUAACGACGACGGCGACCGGCGCUUCGCCACCUACAGCAUCCUGAACUACCAACAGAAGCCAGGUCGCCUGGUCCAGGUCGGAGUCUUCAACGGAUCUCAGGUUGUGAUGAACCCUCAGAGGAAGAUCAUCUGGCCUGGAGGAGAGACAGAGAAACCAGUCGGAUACCAGAUGUCUACGAAACUGAAGAUUGUGACGAUCCAUCAGGAGCCGUUUGUUUACGUGAAGCCGACGAAGACUGACGGGACGUGUAGAGAAGAGUACACGCUGAACGGAGUACUGAUCAAGAAGGUGAUCUGUACCGGACCCAACGGCACCACACCAGGUCAGCCCAUCGUCCCUCAGUGUUGCUAUGGUUUCUGCGUCGACCUGCUCAUCAAACUGGCCAUGAGCAUGAACUUCACCUACGAGGUUCACCUGGUGGCUGAUGGGAAAUUUGGCACACAGGAGCGCGUGAACAACAGUAAUAAGAAGGAGUGGAACGGGAUGAUGGGGGAGCUGUUAGGAGGUCUGGCCGAUAUGAUCGUGGCUCCUCUCACCAUCAACAACGAGCGCGCUCAGUACAUCGAGUUCUCCAAACCCUUCAAGUACCAGGGCCUCACCAUCCUGGUGAAGAAGGAAAUCCCUCGCAGCACUCUGGACUCGUUCAUGCAGCCGUUCCAGAGCACACUGUGGCUGUUAGUCGGUCUGUCGGUCCACGUGGUGGCAGUGAUGCUUUACCUAUUAGACCGGUUCAGCCCGUUUGGAAGGUUUAAAGUGAACAGUGAAGAAGAAGAAGAAGACGCCCUCACCCUGUCCUCCGCCAUGUGGUUCUCAUGGGGAGUACUGUUGAACUCUGGGAUCGGAGAAGGAGCUCCCAGGAGUUUCUCAGCGAGGAUUCUGGGUAUGGUGUGGGCGGGUUUUGCUAUGAUCAUCGUAGCGUCAUAUACUGCCAACCUGGCAGCCUUCCUUGUGUUGGACCGGCCUGAGGAGCGCAUCACUGGCAUCAACGACCCCAGGCUGCGUAACCCGUCGGAUAAGUUCAUCUACGCCACAGUGAAGCAGAGCUCGGUGGACAUCUACUUCAGACGGCAGGUGGAGCUGAGCACCAUGUACCGGCACAUGGAGAAGCACAACUACGAGAGCGCCGCCGAGGCCAUCCAGGCCGUCAGAGACAAUAAGCUUCAUGCCUUCAUCUGGGACAGCGCCGUGCUGGAGUUCGAGGCAUCACAGAAAUGUGAUCUGGUGACGACAGGAGAGCUGUUCUUUCGCUCCGGAUUUGGGAUUGGAAUGAGGAAAGACAGUCCGUGGAAACAGAACGUUUCUCUGGCUAUUCUCAGCUCUCAUGAGAAUGGCUUCAUGGAGGAUCUAGACAAGACGUGGGUUCGAUACCAGGAGUGUGACUCCAGGAGCAACGCCCCCGCUACGCUCACCUUCGAGAACAUGGCAGGUGUGUUCAUGCUGGUUGCUGGGGGCAUCGUCGCCGGGAUCUUCCUCAUCUUCAUCGAGAUCGCUUACAAACGACACAAAGACGCUCGCAGGAAACAGAUGCAGCUGGCCUUCGCUGCUGUGAACGUUUGGAGGAAGAACCUGCAGGAUAGGAAAAGUAGAGCAGAGCCCGAGUCCCAAACCUCUUUUAGGUCCAUCACUACGACCUCCGACCUCCAACGCCGUAGGGCCUCCGGGGACGCCACGCCGUACCCGACUGACAUCACCGGCCAGCUCAACCUAUCAGAUCCCUCCGUCAGCACCGUCGUCUGA